AUGAGUGCCACCGGACUAUCGCAGCAAUUCUGUGUACGAUGGAACAGCCAUCUGGGCAGCUUGGGAGCGGCCUUUCCACAGCUAUUAGCCGGUCAAAGGUUCGUUGAUGUAACGCUGGCCUGUGAGGGACACCAGGUGCAUUGUCACCGGUUGGUGUUGGCCGCCUGUUCCACCUACUUCGAAAAUUUGCUCGGCGAAAAUCCCUGCAAACAUCCGAUCAUCAUCCUACCGCGGGACAUUAAGCUAUGGGCCAUACAGGCGUUGGUGGAUUUCAUGUACAAAGGAGAAGUGAACGUAUCUCAGGCCGGGCUACCAGAUCUGAUGAAAUGUGCCGAAAUAUUGAAGAUACGCGGUCUCUGCGGAUCCGAUGCAGCAUUAAACCUGAACCAAACACACAGUCCACCUGCUGGCGGGGGAGGUAACAACUACCAGCCACAACGACAUCACAGUGCCAGUAGCGAACCAGGUGACCAGGUAGAAUUCAACCGCGAUACAAAUCGACAUGGCGGCAGUCAGUACCAAAAUGCACGAUCACAGCAAAGCAACGCACCUAGUGGACCAAAGAGACAGCUUUUGAAUAGUUUAAACCUGCAACCUAUUGAUGCGAGCAGCCAUCACCACGAGGAUGGAAGUGAUAACGGGGAAAGUGGCAAUGAAAUGUGCAUAAAAACAGAAGAUUUAAUUAUCGAUGAUGAUGACGACACAAGCAGACAAUGUGGCGAUGAAGACUUGGAAAUGGACAGUAAUGAUAAAGGAGCUUCUGACGCGAUUCGCUGCGAGCAGUUCCUCGGCGUUCAUGCAAUGGAUUCAGAGGAUCGAGUGAACGAUCGGGUUGGAAAUGAUUCGAUGCGGGACCGAAUGGAGGAAGAGAUGGAAGAGGGAGAAAAAAUGAUCGGUGAUCGUAGAAUGAUGAUGGAAAAGUCAGAACAGGCCCAAAAUCAUACAGAUCGCCAUGAAUGCGUACCGGACGAUUACGAUACGUUUACCCACGAGAACGAAGGUGAUGAUGAAGAUGAUGUUGAUAAUGGUCUGAUGGAGGUGAGAGAAGAGACAGAAGAAUCGCUGGCUACACAAGAAGGUGCCGAUAGGCUGGAAAUGCGAAGAAAGGCAAAAAAAGUAAGCGUUACAGUGCAUCACUCCACCAAAAACAACGAACUAUUAGUACCCAACAGUUCCUCAGCUCGCACCCUUUCUGCUUCCUCCAUGGUAUCGACCUACAGUAAUUGUGCCAAUAAAUCGGGAGAACCAUUGCAACCGACCACGCUGGAAGGUGGACAACGAUCUAAUGGUGCUCGUUCGAUAGGUACCGUGCCAUCACUUUCUUCCAUAAGCACCACACGAACGGUUCCUAGCGGUUCCAAGGGGUCGAUCCGUGUGAAGUCUAUUGAGAAUCUCUUUGAAAGUUAUCAAGCAAAACAAUCACCAAACAAGUCUUCCCGCGAUAAAAGAAAAAACACACCGCAAUCCUCUUUGCUGGUGCUGGGCUGUAGCGGUGCCAACAUCAGUGAGAAUGAUAGUGCCAGUGAACAACAUGCCAGUGGUAUAGUUUCCUCGCUGAUCUACAACCGGAAUGAUAUGGACAUUUACGUUAAACAGCAACAGCGUAUUCUUAAAGCAAACGAGCGCCAUCCCAAUGCUGAGGGUAUCGGAGACGAAACGAAUGCUUCCACGGUGAGCGAUGGAGAUGGGUAUGAAAAUAUAAUAUGUUCGCCCAAUUUUCCUCAACUGAAUGAAGUCGUCAGUGGUGGGUAUAAGGCGGAAGAGGACGAUGAUGAAGAAGAGUACGGAGAUCAGUACGCUAUAGAGCUGUUAGCGGAAGAGAUAGAUAGCAGUAUGCUUGCAAACGGAGGCGAAAGCGAAGGAGAUGAAAUCCUUUAUAAACCACCUCCCCUAAUGGCCAUUGGUGCUGGUGCAAAGGGAUCUCACUCUGGUAACAACUGUGCCAAUAGUAAAACUUCUACCUUACGAACCUAUGGAAGAACCGGAGCGAUAGGCAAUGGAACCGGAGCUACCUCGACGUUAACGAUUCGCAAAAUAGAGCGGGAGGCACGAGGCAGCGUUUCGCAAACAAACAGUUUGACCCGAUCGGUAACUCGUCGUCCCAGAUUAUCAGCCCGCUCGAAAGAAGCUUUCCAUCAGUUGCUAAACACGAAUGGAACGCCACCACCGAUCGCUUUCACACUGCGCAAUCCACGGGGAAAUCAACCUCGCACAUACAACACCGAAGCACUGUGGGCAGCCCUGAUGGAUGUAAAAGCAGGUGAAAGUAUCUACCGCGCAUCACAAAUGCACAAAGUUCCUCGAAAAACGUUACGGAAUUGGAUGAAGCGUUGGGACAUAAAGUCCGCUUACCCGAUGCCCAGGCAGCUGAAGGAAGCAGCAGAAAAAAAGCGCAUCAUUAAAGAAUUAACAAGCCAAAUACAAUAG